GUGCGAGUUGACUCAUUUCGAACAUAGUGUACUUCUGUUGUAAACGUUUUGGAAACUUCGACAGUCAUCAUUGUUUAGGUUACGAACAAAAGAUGUGUAUGGCUACGUAAUAUUUUUGAGAAUAUUUUCGUUAUCAAAGACGUUUAUGGUGCGAAGAUGUUGGUUAAAUGCGCUAAAGUUAUAUUCUGGUCAAUUUUUAUAGCCUCUUUGCUGUUUAGGCCUGAUGGGUCGGCUAUCAAUAGAUUGGAAUUUGACUCCGGUUGGAGAGGCCUAUCGAGAUGUAUGAAAAGAUGUUGGAGGCUAUUGCUUCUAGUUUCCUCAAACCAGCCUGGUGAGAAUUCCUAUUUGAUCAAGGAUUGCCUUGACAGCUGUUCUCGUAAGAGCUUGAGACAAGAUAAGGAGCAAAAUCGGAAGGCUUCCAAAGUAUACGAUGACUACAUUAUCUUGGGGCCACAAAGCCCCGUGCCUCCAGGUCUACGCAAGUAUGAUGCAAUGCCACCAAUACCGAAGGCAUUUCACGACCUGGUUGACCCAGCUAUUUUGACAGAAGGAAAUUGUGACGUCAUACGAGUUGGAAAGGUUGAUUCACGGCUGAAAGAUGUUGUCUUUUCAAGACAAAUUUCGUUAGCUUGCAUUGGACAAAAAGGAGGAGUUUUAGUAAAGUGGAAAAGACCCUUAGAACUUCGAGAAUGUAAUGGCUAUCAAAUAAACUAUCGGUUCAGAAGCCGAGAAGGCAUGGAACCAGGACGCUGUUUUGAAGUUGAAAAGAAUGUGACCAGUUUCCUGAUUGAUAAAAGCAAAGGAUUCAGUGGCCAAGACGAACUUUUCCUGGCUGUGAUUGCCCUACCACUACCCGUUAAGUGCAAUAUUGACAUGAAGAAAUAUUCGUUAUGCAGCCAAGGUGAAGGCAAGAGUCGAAAGAAGCGGGAUACAACUGACACUCCAAAAGAACCAUUGGUGCUAAAUUACACAUUUCCUACUCUCUUUCCACCGUUCACUCCUCCAGCAAAUAUUAUCACUGUCGGACCUGGAGAUCCUGAUCCAACUAAUUUGACUAUGCCUUCGAGGGCACCAAUACCUCCCUUUGGAACAGAUUCAAAUUGCUUGGCACCAUUAAUGGGGAGCACACCGGCUGACUACGCUGGCCGCGCGCAUGUGUCGAAAGUAACUUGUCUAGAAGCGGGAAAGUUUAACAAGAAAAGCUUUAUUAUUCACUGGGAUCCACCUGAAGAUUACAAGAACAAACGGUUCACCCAUUUUCAGGUCGUUUAUGUAAUUGCUCCAAAGAAUGUUAUAACAAGUCCUUCCAAGGUUAAGUGUCAUCAAGUCGACAAGACUGUCUUCUCCCAUCAAGUUAAUGGUGUUGAUGAGACAGACACAAUUCACGUUAGGGUUGUAGCAUACCCUACUUACCAUAAACUGAAUGAGACAAUGCAAAGAUUUAUACCUUGCAGUUCUGACAGCGUAAAAGAUGAAGGAAAGAGUGAUCCAGUUAAGAAAGGGUUGAUCGCUGCUCUAAUUACAAUUGUUGUAAUUACCGUUAUCAUUCUUGUCGUGAUCUUUUUUCUGCGAAGAAGCAAAGUGGUAAAAAACCCUCCUCCUCCCGAAAAAGAGAAAGUUUAUGUCUCCUAUUUUCCGGACACCGAGAAUUACCUGGAGAGUGUCCAAAACCUCGUGGCGAAAUUUAGAAAGGAUUUUUCAAUCAAUCUUAUCAUGGAUUUGCUCCAUAAAACCGAGAUCUCUGAGCUUGGAUUGGCGAGAUGGUGUCACAAACAGCUAUCUGAAUCUAAGAAGAUAAUUUUGGUCAUAUCCAAAGAGUAUUUGAAGAUCUGCCAAGUAUGGCAAGCCGGGAAUACGGAUGCGAAAUGCUCAAAUGAUGUAAACAGAGUCUGUAACGACUUGCAGUUUGUUGUUGACAAAAUGUUCGAAAGAAAAAAGAACUCCGACCUCAUAAUUAUUUUGGCAGAUGUGAAGCAAAAAGAACUGCCUGAGUUUUUGCGAGGUAAACAAAUUUAUAGUUGGCCAAAAAGCAAGGACGAGUUUAAUGCGAUAGGAUGCUGCAUUUUUAACAAGGAAGCAGUUGCAAUAGUUUAGUUUCAACUAAACUAAAGGGACAGAUUUUGAUUGUUGCAUGCAAUAGGUACCUUGUAAAGGACCUGUUAUAUUAGAACAUUGUUGAUUUCUCGAAGAUCCUAAACUAUCAUUUAUAAGAUUGUACAGAAAAGGAGGGGGUUUAACUACAAGGCUUCGAGUGUCAAUAAUAUCUUAGUUUGUGGGAGGACAAUCACAAUCUUUGAACUGACAAGGAAAGUUCAUAUUGAAAGUGUGCAUUGAAAUAAUUAUUAGAUUUGUUAGACUAUUUGUAGUAAACUUACAACCCACCAAUGUGGUUGUUACCGGACGAUUUGCACACUGGUGUUUAUGCAUGGGAGGUAUCUUUGUUGAUUGUGAGGGUUGUGUUCUUUUUAGCCUUGCUAUUUUCUGCACCUGCGGUAAAGCCCCGACUUUGCAAUAUACUAGGCCUACCUCUGAGCUAGUGUUCAUGUCUUCUUUUUGAAGGAAGGAUGUUGCAUAAAAGGUUUAUUGUUUUACGAUACUGUUGUGUAGAUCUUUUGUCAUUCGAUUUACUUCAACAUGGUGGCCCAGACUACUUAGGUUCCCAGGCCCUUCGAAUAAGCGCCCAUCCUUCCACCUUCAGAAAUGGGCGCUUAUUCUAAUUUUCAACUAAAACAUAAUUGGAAAGCAAUUCAACAAGAAAGGUUAAUGAACAACACAAUUUGCACCCAAAUCUACUGUUUAAAUCAGCAUCCCCCUCAAUUAAGCGCCCCCUCAAAUAAGCGCCUACCCUGGAGCCUCAAAAAUUGAAUAAGCGCCCAGGCGCUUAUUCGAGCCACUACGGUAGUAUGAAAACUUCAGUCUGACAAAUUAUUUGUUAUCCAAAUCUCGCCCAAUUUUUAACAUAGAGUAUUUAACCGAUUUUGUAAUCUCGGUUACUUCCCGGAGUUAUGUGGUCCGAAGUAAUAAUGUCACAAUGUGAAUUUUUAUGAAGUCACACUGAAAAGCCAUGGGCAGUGUAGGCAUCAAAGGAAGACGUUUUUGCUCUGCCGCAAGCAGCGAAGUUUCAGUCACCUUUUGUAUUUUAUAUUCAUUGUCACAAUAUUGCUUUAUGUAGAAGUCUUUGUUUUGUAGAUAGGCAGUGUUUGUAGCGAAGUAUUUUAGAGAAAUACAUCUACUGUUGAUUAAGUAGUGAGUUGUCCACAAAUAGAAUCGCCUUGUUUCAUUGGUA